AUGCAAAUUUAUAUGGAAUUACGCUUAUCAUAUGGCAACUGUCUAGAUUGCAACCGACAACGAACUGCGCCAGCGUGUAAAACUUGUGAUAUUGCAACUUUGAAAAAAAAUUUCCGAAAUUGGACCAGCGGAAAUUCUAAUGUAGAUGAAUUUAUUAAAUACACUCAAUUAACCGCCAAUGAGAAUAUGGACUAUCUCGAAUGGAUUGAUUUCGACCAACUUGAUUUAGUACAAAAUACUAAUAAACGAGGCGCUUUCAGCUUAAUAUAUUCUGACAUAUGGAUGAAAGGUCCACGGUGGAAUCUGGACGAAGAAGCUGAAGUAUGGUCCCGUAAUGGUCCGAUUAAGGUUAUAUUGAAACGUUUAGAUAAUUCUCAUAAUAUGAGUCAAGAAUUUAUAAAUCAAGGAAAUGGAGGAGAAGGAAUAUUGUAUUCAAAGAAUACAAAGAAGCAGCUAUAA